CGCUUUACCGCUUUACGUGGGCCUUUAAAGUGAACCUAGCAGCGUUACCAGAGGCCGUGCUUGCAUAUAAACCUGCUUUCUUUGCAGUGCUUUUUUAAUAUCUUUUUAGUAAACUUAACCCUUUUAAAAUACUUUAGUAUUUGCAGCAAAUGAAAGAAGCAAAAGUAAGUUUUUAUUCAAACGAGAAUGAUGCUGGCCGUCAAUCUGGAAAGCCUCUCCCCAACUUGAGCUUUAAAGACGGUUUUAAGGGCGAAAAAAAUCUUUUAUUAAGUUCUGGGCCCUUUCAGAGAGAAGCAAGCAAAAACGAGAUAAGAGUCAACCUCGAUUGUAACACGAGCACGACUAUUAGAAACUUUAAAACUUUUUACGAUAACAGUAACGGAAAUAGCAAUGGAGCUGGGAGUCAGUAUCACAACACUAAUGAACUUGAAAAAAGAUCAAUAUUAAAAAUACUACAAGGACGUCCUAAUAAAAGUUGGAAAGAUCGCUUGAAGUUUAUUUCUCAAAAGCCUGCAAUUCAAACCGAAAAAGAGAGAUGUGAAUUUCCCGGUUGUACUAAAGUCUACUCUAGUAAGCAUUCAUGUCGCAGACAUUUUAGGACCAAGCACGCGAAGGGACGGACUUUAGAUGAUCUACUUCCAGCAGAAGGAAGCGAUCAACAGAUUCAAAAUACUUCAAGUGAUAAGUUGCCCAUCCCCCACUCUGGAAGUAAAGAUUUUUCUAUUCUGGAUUCAAUUUUGUUAAGACCUCAAUUGCAAAAGCGAGCUCAGUCUCUAGAACCUACUAAGCGUCACAGCAUAGAUACUGUGCCUAGUGACUUACGUAAGUUUAGAGAAGAGUUACUUUACAAAGCAGGAAGACAGCAUAAUAAUGUGAACAUGGAAUUCAAUGCUAAUAACAACCUUAAUCAAAACGUUAAUUUUGUAAAAAAUAAGCGUAAUAGUUUAGGAUCCCUUCUUGAGGGGCCCGACCAGAACCUUUUGGUUGAGUCCAGAAGAAUACCAGGCCUUAGUUUGAACGAAGAGGGGAGUGAAGGAAGUAAUAAAGGUGUAAUGCACGGGCCAUGCCAACAAUUGCAAAGUCAGACAUCUCAAGUACUUGAUCAUGGGAAUCUUCCAAUUUCGAGUCAACCUUUAAUUAUAAAUCCUUCAGAUACCUGUGGAAUUUUUAAACCUACGCAAACCUUAAGGCGGCGGCCGUUAUCAUUAACGGAGGCUUACCGGACUGAAUCCUCCCCUUUUUUCUUGCAUCCUGAGAAUGGAAUUUCCAUUACUGAUCUAAAUCCUUCUAUUUUACCUCCUGACUUUUAUAAUAAUACUGAUUUAUUAUCCAAGAGAAGUGGUAAUUCUCCUAUUGGUCGACCUAGUUAUAAUUCUGCUAUUAACAGUAGUUAUAAUGCUGAUUUAAAUAUUUAUAAUAAUAACGAUAACAAAAAUGAUUUUAAGUAUAAUGAAAUUAGCGGUAACAACUAUAAUAGAAGUGCAGGCCUGGUUUUCGCUGGUUUGUGUAAUAUAAAAAGAAGGAACAGUGAGAGAGGUGAUAGUAAUAAUAAAGGAGGAGUACUUAAUUUAAUAGGUAAUAUUAGUAGUUACGCAGCCAAUGCUAUAAACCCUAGUGACUAUAAAAAUAAUAAAGAUUUAACUUUUGGAACUAGAAUUUGCACGUAUGAUAAUAGCCAAAUCAAUAACGAUUACAACAGAAACUGCGAGAAUGAGCUUGCUUACGCCCAACGACUCAAUGCAAGCGUGGAUGGGUGUAACAAACCUUUUACAGAGUUCAAGCCUGAAAAUAUAGAUAAAAACAGGAAUUUAGUACUUGAAAACGAAAAAUAUACUGACUGGGGGAGCCUUUCUUCUACUCUCAUGACGCCAUCAUUGGAAUUUAGUAUUGGUAUAACGAAUCCUUUUAACACUCAGCUACUCGGAUCUACUAACCUCGGUUCGCGGGCAAUCUUCCCUCUUUUAGAAGGAAACGGGCAAUUACUAAGUAUUGACGGCUACAUUCCGCCAACUUUUAAGCAGGGGUGUAUAAACCAAAGCUCAGUAGCUUUUGGAAGGCCUCUUGAUCAAUCUCUACAACCUUAUAAUCUUUGA